CUCGCGGAGACUACUCACAGGUCCACGCCUCCGGAUUCGCCACCGAGCUUGUCCUCCGCCCCUGCCUGCGGCGCGGACCUCGGCAUCAGCGGGACUGGCUGGCCCGGCGGCGACGGACGGAUUAGUAGGCAGUCCUCAGCCUCUACUGUAGCCUCUGCCCCUUAGCUUUGGAGGCCGCGUCCCCACAUUCCGGAGCCCGGACAGGUGCCGCGCGGAGGGGAUUUGGGGAAUUUGGCCUCAGGCGACUCUGGCAGCGUCUCGCGGCGGCAGAUCUUAGCUCCCUGCUAGCCGUCGGGGCGUUAGCCUAUCGGUCUGCUGAGCGGAUGCGCUCCGACUGAGCGCCCCUGACCCGCCUGCCAUGGCCACGCAUCGGGGACCGCUCUGGCUCCUGGGCCUGGCGCUGUGCGCUCUGGGAGGCAGCCCCUGCCCGCGCCCUCCACACAGCUGUCCUCAGCGUCGGCUGGGCGCUCGUGAGCGCCGAGACAUGCAGCGUGAGAUCCUGGCGGUGCUGGGGCUUCCUGGGCGGCCCCGGCCCCGCGCGCCACCCGCCGCUGCCCGGCUGCCCGCGUCGGCGCCGCUCUUCAUGCUGGACCUCUACCACUCCAUGGCUGGCGACGACGACGAGGACGGUGGAUCCCCGGAGCGGCACCUGGGCCGCGCCGAUCUGGUCAUGAGCUUCGUCAAUAUGGUGGAACGUGACCGCGCCCUGGGCCACCAGGAGCCCCACUGGAAGGAGUUCCGCUUUGAUCUGACCCAGAUCCCAGCAGGGGAGGCUGUCACAGCUGCAGAGUUCCGGAUUUAUAAGCUGCCCAGCACCCACCCCCUCAACACGACGCUCCACAUCAGCAUGUUCGAGGUGGUCCAGGAGCACUCCAACAGGGAGUCUGACUUGUUCUUUUUGGAUCUUCAGACGCUUCAAGCUGGGGACGAGGGCUGGCUGGUGCUGGAUGUCACAGCAGCCAGUGACCGCUGGUUGCUGAACCGUAACAAGGACCUGGGACUCCGUCUCUAUGUGGAAACUGAGGAUGGGCACAGUGUGGAUCCUGGCCUGGCUGGCCUGCUGGGGCAACGGGCACCACGCUCCAGACAGCCUUUCAUGGUCACCUUCUUCAGGGCCAGCCCGAGUCCCAUCCGUGCCCCUCGGGCAGUCAGGCCACUGAAGAGGAGGCAGCCGAAGAAGACCAACGAGCUGCCGUACCCCAACAAACUCCCAGGGAUCUUUGAUGACGCUCACGGCUCCCACGGGCGGCAGGUGUGCCGUCGGCACGAGCUCUAUGUCAGCUUCCAGGACCUCGGCUGGCUGGACUGGGUCAUCGCCCCCCGAGGCUACUCGGCCUAUUACUGUGAGGGAGAGUGCUCCUUCCCGCUGGACUCCUGCAUGAACGCCACCAACCAUGCCAUCCUGCAGUCCCUGGUGCAUUUGAUGAAGCCAGACGCAGUCCCCAAGGCAUGCUGUGCACCCACCAAGCUGAGCGCCACCUCUGUGCUCUACUAUGACAGCAGCAACAAUGUCAUCCUGCGCAAGCACCGCAACAUGGUGGUCAAGGCCUGCGGCUGCCACUGAGGCCCUUCACUUGCUCUGCUGCUGCUGUCCCUCCUCAUCUGGAUCUGGCCCCUCUCCAAAUGCAGAAAACCCCCAAACCCAGCCAAACCUAAGGCAAGAUUGGCAGGGAGGCCUUCAAACCUCACAUCCCUCCUUCAUGCCAGGUUUUCAUCCUCUCCAGGCCCCUCUGCUCCCCUUCCCCUGCCUGAGGUUGGUGUGAUGGUCCUACCUCCAGCCCUGGUGGUCUGGGUUUUUAAGCAUCAGUUUCCUGUAGUCCCCUCUUUCAGAGGCAUGAACUGAUUAGCUCUUUGGGGUCUUAUCUGCAGACCUACCCAUGCCCAUUACUGGCCCAUAUUUGGACAAAUUGGGAUGACCUGAGAGGCACGUGGUGCCCUAGAUCAGCCACCUUGUGCUCUUUACUAUCAAUUAUAGGGUUUGGGAAUGUGUAGACAGAGUCUGGUCCUGCCUCUUGCCUGCUCCUCCCAGAUACAAAACUGGCAUCUCUGGGAAACAGUUAAAAGCAGGGAGCUGCCCUCAGCAUUGUACAUUUACGGAUCUGAAUUACCCAAACCACUGGUCACAAAUGGACAUGUGGGGUCAACUCAAGAUAAAGAUUUGCCCUAUGAUACUGGCCUGAUGGCCACAUCUGGUAAUUAGGCUGUGUUGGGUAGGGAGGUUUGUCUCAGCCUCCACUGUUCCCGGAAGUCACUGUUCUCCUUGGAGCAGCCACUGGGAUUGGAGUGUUUAUUUGAUUUUGAACUUGCCAAGCCUGUAAUUUACCUGCUGGAACAGACAGAGUCCAGCUGUCUGAACUGUCAUUAAAAGCAUAUCCUGGUCCUGCCCCCAUCCACAGACACACCCAGCCGAGGUGGACCCAGGGAUGCACAUUUCUGGAGUUUCAUGCUCUACACCCCUGAGGACUGGCCUUGGAAAGGGCAGGUCUGGCAGAGUGGUGAGGCUGGUAAGCCUGGGGUAUGCUACAGAACAGCUGCCUCUUCAGCUGGACUGAGGAGGGCACUCUUGUGUGAGUGUAGAGAAGACACCCUCCCUUGUAAAGGCAGGUCAGACCAUCUGGAAGGUAAUGAGUUCCCCAUCAGUGUUGAAGUCUCAGUUCCAGCCUGGAUAUAAGGAGAUUGGACUUGUGAAUACUGCUUUAUCUGGGCCUGUUUCUCUCUGUAGUGUAAAGGAAUUGGACUUUUUGAUCUCCAAAGGGCCUUCAUCCAGGUAAUCUAUCUAUCAAGCCUGUCUCACACUAAGCCCAGGUGCAGCUUCUUGAUCCUGAUGGGAGUUCAGAUGGCUGUCAUGAAUCAAGAGCUGGCAUAUAACAUAGGACCUAUUUGCCAUUCUAGUACUUCUCCAACAGUUUUUUCUUCUCAACAUCAAGUAUUGUCUUUUAGGCAGUUAAAAACUUUAAAUCCAUCAGUUGUUUUGAUGAUCAGUUUUUUUAAAAAUUUUAUCCUGGUAUCUUUAGUGCCCAAUCAAUGGUUUGCCAUAGCUAGAUACCAGGAAGAUCUGUCAAUUUACCCACAGGUUUGUAGGCAUGGAGCAUACUUUACCUAUCAAUCAAGCUGUGUAGAAUAGGAAUAGGCAGCAGUUGCCAUCCUCCUUUUUUAUACCAAACAACUGAAUCGCCUACCCUACCUGGCCAUCAGAUUUCCAGCAAAUUUUGCCACUGAAUGGUUAUCAAGUGAAAUCAAAUGGAAAUGCAGCAAAACAACUGUGAAUGGACACAGCCUAUACAUUUUGUUCCAGGAGACAUCCAUUUGCUGAGCAAGUAUGGCAGCUGAAAUGGGUGGCCUGGCUGACAGUAUGGAUACCAUCAUUUCCCCUCUUUGCUCAGGGCAGGGCCUGUUUAUCUAGUUUCAGCAGACUAGGAGGUUCAAUAGGAUAGUCAGUUCAGAGCCACUGACAGCAAUGAGAUUCAAUGACAGUUGACAUGAAAAGAAGGCACAAAAAUAAUAAUGCCUAGCAGUCUUCAGAUUUGCCCCACGAUACUGGCCUGAUGGCCACAUCAUCAGUGGAUUAAGUGUUCACUGUCUUCUGAGGUAAGAAAGUAACAUGUUUUUUAAAAUUUCCCAAGAAAUAGGAAAUGAGGCAAAGAAGCGAGAGUACAGAAUAUUUGGAGCCAAAUGGGUUUGAAUCUGGUUUCUGCUUCCUCCUCUGUAGAACAGGAUGUUGGUUCUUUCCUCCCAAGGCUAAGAUAAAGAUUAGAUAUGUACAAACAUUUGGAACAUGUGGCAUAUAAAUGCUUAACAAUCAGUGCCUGAUAUUAUUACAAAUAAAUUUGCUCAUUGGGAGCUACUUCUGUGCCUGUCCAUUAAACCAAAAUAUGUUCUUCAAAUGAUGAUCU